GUCCUGAAUUUUAUCUGAUUACAUCCUGUAAUCGAUCAUUCUGCAUGCACUUCAUUGAUUUGUAAAAAAAUAGAAAUAUCUUGGUGUUACCCGUUUAAGGGUUGAUGUUAAAAAAAAAGAAUGAAUAUCUAUCGGAUAGUUUGUAAUGUAGACAAAUGUUUACAAUUACCUUCACUCUCUUAAUGGAAAUAUUACCAAAGAGAAUUUGUGAGUUUUGUAUUUUGAUUCGUAAUUGUAAGUUAAUGAAUGAAAUUCACAAAAUGAUUUUCUUCGGUUCUGGGAAAUAAUUUAUAAUAAUUAUUAAUAGUUUCUUCAAUAGAAGGUCAAUACAGACUGAAAAUAAUUUUGUACCAAGUUCAUGGGACUACGAACAAUAAUCACCCGUAAAAACUAUCAGCAAAUUAAGAAACCAUUAGCUAAAUUAAUAGAGUAUGGCUCGAGUAGUUAGUUGCACGGAAUUUUAAAUAGAAUAAAACAUUAGCCUAAUGAUUAAUAAAUUACUCAUAUCCGUCGAUUAUUCAUUGCCAGCGUUGGAAUAUUUAGUCGAUGACAAAAGUCUCCGAUGGCAAAAAUAACUGAAAUUUGGAAUCACAAUUGAAUCGCAUGCAAUAAGAUAUUUUUGAUGAAAAAUGACCCUUUCUCAACGGAACAUUUCAUUAUCUUCCCUCUUCGGAACAUCCACUGUGAAAAAGACGAAUGAAAAUUUUGAAACAAUGAAAUUUUAGUAUGAUACGAAAGAAUACGCAUUCAACAACAUGUAUUUCAUAAAAUAUUCUAUAUUUUUUUCCCAGUGCCCCAUUGUUUGCGGGAUUCUAUCGAGACAAAUCCGCUGAUGUUUAAAAUGUCUAUUGAUUUCCUUAUUAAAUUUACUCUAACUGAAUCGUUAACAAAUAAAGGAUUAGUCUGAAAUUUUAGAAAGUCAAGGAAGACAAUUUCGCCUUCACCCCAACAUCUGAAAUGUCGGACGUAACAUCUUGGAGUAAAGAUUUUUCGUCAGCGCUAGAUGCUGUUCGUCCCUGAAUUUUCCCCACCCGGUAGUAUUAGACUCAGAUAAAUACUUCUAGCACAUCAUUUUAUUUCACAGUCCAGUUGAUUUGGCAUAUUUCACGACUUAUUUCCACACUAUUAUUUUUUGCCUCAAUUUCACGAUCAUUGUGGAGAUUGAUACAACAGAGUGACAGCUACGAGUUUCCGGUGAAGGUGGGACGCCGACCAAUCGACAAAUUCAUUGUUUUUCAGUUUCAAUAAUUUAAACAUUUUUACAAAAAUCGGCAGAAUUAGACGGAGACUUAUCUCAAACCCCUAACGGAAAUCCUCGAGCAUUAGGAUUGGUUUCGUAUCUGAUCAUGAAUCAACCGAAGGAAUAUGACGACUCAAACAGCCUCCAGUACCGUGAUAUAGAAGAUCUGGUUGAAGAGUUCCCCGAGGUGUUCAAAAAAAUGAAGGGCCGCAUUAUUGACAUCGGAUGCGGACCUGGAAAUAUUACAAAGGGUGUACUACUUCCAGCUGUGGGGGAAAAUGCUACUAUUGUCGGUGCUGACCUAUGCCCUUACAUGGUUGCCUAUGCAGAGCAAAAUUACUCUGUGACAAAUAAACUGUCGUACAUGCAAUUAGAUAUUCAAACACCCGAAUUGCCUAAUAACUUGAUUGAAAAAUUUGAUAAUGCCACGUCGUUCUAUUGUCUUCAUUGGUGUAGAAACACGAAGGGCGCGUUGAGAAAUUUUUACCAACUUCUUCGUCCAGGGGGUAAAGCCAUUAUUUUGACAAUCUCUCAUCAUAUGAUAUUCGAUGUCUACUCCGAACAACGUGAAGAUCCAAGAUUUUCAGCAUAUAUGCAGGAUUGGCUGAAGUUUACCUCUCCGCAACACGGGCAUCCGGAUGCUGAAGAUAUUCUGAGAAACGACUUGAAUGACAUUGGCUUCAAGAUACAUCAUUGCUCUAACAGAUGGAAAACUUUUACGUACCCAAGGAUGGAGGCUCUGAUUGAUUUGGUGAUGUCUGUUAAUCCAUUUGUCAUGCGGCUACCAGCUGAUCUUCAAAAACCUUACAGAGAAGAUUUCGAGAAGCGACUCAAAGACAAACACCUUCCGAAAAAAGAUUAUUCUAGUGGUUGUAGUGUCGACUGUUGCAUUGCACUGCUAAUUGCUGUAUUUGAAAAACCUCAUUAUUAAUGUGAAAUUAAUGAUGGAUGGAAAAAUGUUAUAGUUGAAAAAAAUCUUUUUGAUUGUGAACUUUGAAUGAUGUUAUACAAAUAUUUAUGUCUAUGAUAAUCCAGUCGACAAUUCGUCGACUAAUUGCCGAUGUCCUAUUGAAUUUUGACGGCUUUGAUAAAAAUUGUAUU